ACCAGAACUUGGCACUCCUCAGAGCACCACUGACUUACCCAGCUGCACCCUGCUCUUAGCAGAAGGCCCCUGCGAUGGCAAGGAUGCUGGCCCUCACCCUGCUGCUGAUCUCCCUGGAUGGCAUCCAGACCAUGAGAAUCUGCUCCUUCAAUGUGAGGUCCUUUGGGGAGGCGAAGAGGGAGAACUCCAAAGCUAUGGAUGUUAUAGUAAAGAUCAUCAAACGCUGUGACAUCGUGCUCCUGAUGGAAAUCAAGGACUCCCGCAACACCAUUUGUCCCACCUUGAUGAAAAGGCUGAAUGGGAAAUCCCAAAGAGACACAAAAGGCUACAACUAUGUAAUUAGCAACCGGCUGGGAAGAAAUGCCUACAAGGAACAGUAUGCUUUUCUCUAUAGAGAGAGUGUGGUAUCUGUGAAGAAAAGCUAUCUCUAUCACGACACCCAGAACGGAGAUGAAGACGUCUUUUCCCGAGAGCCCUUUGUGAUCUGGUUCUACUCACCUCGAACUGCUGUCACAGAUUUUGUGAUCAUCCCUUUACACACAACACCUGAGACGUCUGUUCGGGAAAUCGACGAGCUCUUUGAUGUCUACAUGGAUGUAAAACGUCGAUGGAAGCCUGAGAACUUCAUCUUCAUGGGAGACUUCAAUGCUGGCUGUAGUUACAUCCCAAAGAAGUCCUGGAAGGAAAUCCGACUUCGGAUGGACCCCAAGUUUGUCUGGCUGAUUGGUGAUAAUGUGGAUACGACAGUAAAGGGAAGCACAAAGUGUGCUUAUGAUAGGAUCGUGCUCCAAGGCCAGAAGAUAAACAGUUCCGUUGUUCCAGAUUCAGCAGACAUCUUUGAUUUCCAGAAAGCCUACAGGUUGACUGAAGAGGAGGCUCUCGAUGUCAGCGAUCACUUUCCUGUGGAAUUCAAACUGCAGUCCGAGGGAAGCGUCACUAACCUCGUCAGAUCAGUUGCCCCAAAAAAGAGAGGGAGAAAAAAGUCAAUGCGUCCCUAGAAGCAUGAGCUAAUCUUUAAUAACUCCCUCCUUUUCUUUUCUUUUCGUUUUAAUAACAAAAACAACCCAAGCACCAACAGCUCUGGGGGCCAUGGCAGCCCCCCAAACCAUCAAUGCCAGUUUGACCAUAUUCCAUUGAGAGAAAAGGGCACUGGAUUUGGAGCCAAAAGGACUUGGGUUAAAGUCUCAGCCCUGAGACUUUUUCCCUGUGUGACCUUGAGCAAGUCACUGGACCUCCUUGUCCCCAGUUUCCUCCUCUAUAAAAUGAUAGAGUUGUACUAAGAUGACAUCUGAGAUUUCUUCUAACUCUAGCUUUAUGAACCUAUUAAUAGUGCAAAAGUGCUCAUACCCUCUGAUCCAGCCCACUACUUGAUAUGUACCCGCAAGAAUGUGAAAGACAAAAACAAAAGUCCCUGAUACAACAAAAUAUUUAAGCAGUAUUUUUUAUGGCUGCAUAUAAUUGGAAAAAAGUGGGUGUCCAUCAGUUGGGGAAUGGUUGAACAAACUGUGGUUAGGUCAAUGCAAUGGAAUGUUAUUCAGUACAAAAUGGCGGAUAUGAUGAAUUCAGAGAAAUGUGGGAAGAUCUGUCUGAACUAAUGCAGAACGACGUAAGAAGGAGCAAAAACCAGUCUGUGACGACAGCGUCAAAGAAAAGAUCUCCAAAAGGAUGUCAAAAUUUUGAGUAGCUGAAAAACCAAUAAUGGUCCUGGAGACCAGAUAACAAAAUAUACUUACUUCUCUUGUCAGAAGUGAGAGUAUUCGAGGGAUGAAUGGCUCCCACCUUAUCAGAGCAAGUCACCAUAUCAGUUGUUUUUGCUUAAUUGAUUUUCUUUGUUCAUUCAAUUUAACAAGCAUUUCUAUGUGCCAGGCCAUGUACUGUAUUCUGGGGAAAUUAAAUCAAAAUGAGGCAAUCCCUACCCUA